UCUGUCCUUCACUUCCACACUAAUCCUGUUAGCAGAGUUCCUCUAUAAUCCUCCCACAGCAUUUUCGAUCCCUGCAGGUCUUCACAGCUUCAGCUCGGUGGGAUGCUGCUGGACCCUGACUGAAGAACUCAGGAUGUUGAGCUGGGUGGUCAAGGUCGUGCCCCAGCCGCCUGAGCCUCCGUCCAAAAAUGCUGAAGAGAAAAAGGAGGAGAAACCAGCCGCAGCCCCACCUCCUCCUGCUCCAGUUGCCCCUCCAGCUCCGCCCCCUGCCGCCCCGCCUGCUGCUGACAAGAAAGUGACAUUUAAAGAUGAGUGCAAAAAUGAAGCUGACAAACCAAAGCAAGACGGACACGUAGCAGAGGCAAACAGCUCUCAGCCUGGUGUGUUGACAUGGAUCAGCAGCACUCUGCCUCAGCCGGCAUCCUCACCCAAAGUGACCCGAGCAAACUCUGUAAACAAGGAAGAAAAUACGACCAGUAAAGCAGAAGAAGAUAAGGGAAUGAUAGCAUGGAUCGCUCAGGGUCUGGAGAAAGUUAUUCCUCAUCCUGAUGUGAAGCAGCCAGCUGAGGUGUGUCCAGCACCUGCUGCACCAGCACCGGCACCACCUGCACCAGCACCAGCACCACCACCAGAACCAGCACCAGCACCAGCUCCACCUCCAAAGCCUCAGGUUACUGUAGUGGAGGUGAAACCAAAAACUGAGGAGAAAACAGAAAAAACUGACAACAAGCCGUCAGUUCCACCAAGUAUGAUGGACUGGUUUAAGCAGGGAAUUGAGAAGGUGGUUCCUCAGCCUUCCUCGGGUCCUGUGAAGAAUGAAACCCCUGCUCCAGCUCCAGCUCCAGCUCCAGCUCCAGCCCCAGCCCCAGCCCCAGCCCCAGCCCCAGCUCCAGUUAAAGUUGAAGCUCCACCACCAGAACCUCCGCCUCCAGCUCCAGCUCCAAAACCAGCUCCAGAAGCUGAGAAGCCUUCUAAUGAUCCUGCACCACAGUCCAAUAUGAUGGGCUGGAUCGUCAGUGAGAUUGGUCGCAUGUUGCCUCAGCCUGUACCGAAGCCGGACUCUGGUGAUGAGGUGCAGAAAAUCAGCAUCACCCAGAAGAAGAACGACCUGGUGUUGGUGGACCUGGAACAGAAUGAACCCAAGACGGAAGUAAAGAAGGUGGAGCAAGAGCCAGAACCCCAAAACAAACCCAAACAGCAGGAGUCUGCACAGGCAGAGGAUGUGGAGCAGUGGGCGCCUCUGAAGGACACCAUCAAGAAGGAGGCCGGGGAGGUGGUUCUGGCUCACAUGGAGGAAAGGCUGCAGCAGGAUCGACUAGAGGCGGCCCGGGCUGCUGAGGAGAUGGCCCGGAAGGCGGCGGAGGAGGCGGUCCGACAGCUGGAGGUGGAGCACUCGGCCAAGAUCGUCAUAGAAACGCUGCCAGAUACCAACGAGCAAUUACCCAACAUCCUGGAGGAGGAAAACGAAGAUGACCCAGAGUUGCAAAAUCUACACGAAGAAAGUGAAGACAGCACAGAGAAUCAUAAAUUGACAGAGGAUAUUAACAAAAACACAGCUGACGAAGACAAAAAAAUUGAUGAUGAAGACCUUAAAAGAUCCCUGGUAGACGUCUGUCCAGCUGAAGACAAUGCUGAAGCUCCGACUCAAACAGACAAAGUGGAACCUGCUCCAGAUGAAGCCAAACCUGCGACUCCGAGUGAAUCUGAACCGGUGGACGAGGCGGACGAAGGUACUCCAUCUUCUACAGAAGCAGAGCCGGCGUCAGAGAGAAGGGAGGUGGAGAGCCCUGUGUCACAACCAAUCACCACACAGCCUGAGCCACAAAACUCAGAGGCUCCGCCCACCAACGCAGAGGGCACUGAGGCAACAACAGAAGAAGGAGGAAGUGGAGGAAACUGUGAUAAUUGUAAAGCUCCAGUGCUGGUGGUGGAGGAUAUGGAUCAGGAUACAGUCCUGGGAAAAUCUCUGAACAUCCCUCAAAUUGUCACAACCCCAGAACCAGACUCUGCUGUCCUCAACGCCCCUAAACUCGGUGAUGAUGAUGAUGAACUGAGGAUGGAUCUGAAGACUCCAGGGGGUCUGACUGCAGAUGAUGAUUUGCGUCCGAUGUCAGCGGCCAGUAUCACCAGUAUGACCAGCGUGGUGGUCCAGGACCGGCUGACGGAGCUGGUCAGGCUGUUUAAAGGUCGAACAGAGCGCCAGAAGGACCGACUGGUGGAUCCCGAUGAAUCUGAGGAAGAAAGUCCAUCUGCAUCUCCAAAGAAAGCUCCACCUGCUGCACCUCCUCCUCCACCUCCACCAGAAGAGAAGAAAGACGGUCCUGCUGAAGGAGGAGAAGGAGAAGAAGGAGGAGAAGGAGGAGAAGAAAAGCCAAAGAAACUGUUUGAGUUUGAGCUUUUGGGACAUCCAGUAAUAAUUCCAUUUCCCAAACUUCCAAAAAUGCCUGAAUGGCUACGACCUAUUUUGGAAUAUCGCUUCCCCGCCAGCAUCGACCCCUUCACUGAUCUGAUCUAUGUCAUCUGGCUCUUCUUCGUGGUUGCGGCAUGGAACUGGAACGUAUGGUUGAUCCCCGUGCGCUGGGCGUUCCCCUACCAGACCGACGAAAACAUCCACUGGUGGCUACUGAUGGACUACACCUGCGACUUCAUCUACAUCAUCGACAUCCUCGUCUUCCAGCCCAGACUACAGUUUGUCCGUGGAGGAGACAUCGUGGUUGAUAAAAAGGAGAUGAGGGAACAUUACAUGACAACAGAGAGAUUUAAGAUGGAUGUGAUCAGCCUGUUUCCUAUGGAGGUGUUUUAUUAUUUCACUGGAGUCAACUCUCUGCUGCGUUUCCCUCGUCUGUUGAAGUAUUCUGUUUUCUCUGAGUUCAACGACCGAAUGGAAUCUGUGAUGGCGAAAGCGUACAUCUACAGAGUGAUCCGAACCUCCAUGUACCUGCUUUAUUCUCUGCACAUCAAUGCUUGUCUGUUCUACUGGGGCUCAGACUACGAAGGCCUGGGGUCCACGAAGUGGGUCUACAAUGGAAAAGGCAACGCUUACAUCCGCUGUUAUUACUUUGCUGUAAAGACUCUGAUCACCAUCGGGGGGCUGCCUGAUCCCACCACAGUGUUCGAGAUCUGCUUCCAGCUCAUCAACUACUUCGUUGGCGUAUUUGCGUUCUCCAUCAUGAUCGGUCAGAUGAGAGAUGUGGUCGGAGCUGCGACGGCUGGUGAAAACUACUACCGGGCCUGCAUGGACAGCACCGUCAAGUACAUGAACUCCUACAAGAUCCCCAAAGAAGUCCAGAACCGCAUCAAGACCUGGUACGACUACACCUGGAUGAGCCAGGGCAUGCUGGACGAACAGGAGCUGCUGAUUCAACUUCCCGCUAAGAUGAGGCUGGACAUGGCCGUGGACGUCAACUAUUCCAUCGUCAGCAAAGUCUCACUUUUUCAGGGCUGUGACAGACAGAUGGUGUUUGAUAUGUUGACAAGGCUCAAGUCUGUCGUGUACCUGCCGGGAGACUUUGUCUGUAAAAAGGGGGAGAUUGGUAGGGAGAUGUACAUCAUCAAACAGGGUGAGGUCCAGGUGGUGGGGGGUCCUGACCUGCAGACAGUGUUCGUCACCAUCAGAGCCGGAUCUGUGUUUGGAGAGAUCAGUUUGCUCGCGGGAGGCGGAGGUAACCGUCGAACAGCCAAUGUGAAGGCCCACGGCUUCGCUAACCUCUUCAUCCUGGAUAAGAAGGACCUGGCAGAGAUCCUGGUGCACUACCCUGAGUCCCAGAAGCUGCUCCGCAAGAAGGCCAAGAAGAUGCUGACAAAGGACAAGAAACCGGAGGAGAAGGAGGGCGUGAAAGAGGCCGUGCAGGUCAUCCCUCCCAGACCGGACACCCCCGAAAUGUAUAAGGCGGCUCUGAAGGUGGCGGAGAAGGCGGGCAUCGAGGGAACGGGAACCUUCGCCAAGCUGAAAGCAGAGUAUGAAGCAUCGCAAACAACAGAGGUCCUGCCUGCCGCCAUUUCUCCAGUUCCGCCUCCAUCGCCGAUGCACCGCCGCUCUCCGGUCCCGGUCAUCGCCAUCCAAGACGAUGACGACACGGUGGCCGAGACCGCCGACAGCUCCGUCAUCAUCCGCAUGACGCCGCGACAGGAAGGGGAGGAGCUUCUGACGGUGGAGGUGUCACCUGGGGAGGGGGAGAAGGGAGAUGGAGAAAAGACGGAGAAAGAGGAGGAAACGGAGAAGAAGUAGAAGAAACAGGACGCAUUUGAUCAGCCUGCCUCCACUUGGUCUUCUACUACAGCUGGUGAGCUCCCAGAAUGCCUUGCAACAACCUCCAGCACUGAGGCGGGACAAAACAGACCCAGUUGAUUCUGGUCUCUACUCAUGUGAUGGACGACUUAUUCUCUGGUUCUUCUCCUGUUUGGCACAUUUUGCUCUUAGUCUCAUUUUAUUUUAAACAUAUGCAGCAAAAGAAAAAGUCAAAAUAUCCACAAAAUAUGUCUUUGUCUGUCAGUCGUGUCCCUGUUGUCAUUCUUUUUCCUUUUUCCUGCUUUUCUUUCUUUUUGUGACGACUUUUCCCACACUUCAACAGAAUUUCAACAUGGACAGGAGCUACAGAAUUUGGUUUCAGCUUUUUAAAAUUAGAAUAUUUAGCUUCUACUCGCCAUAAUCUAAAGUUCUGUGAGUGGAUGUGGGUGAAUUGCAUCUUGGGAGUUGUAGUUAAGAUGUUGCUUUCAGUUUUUAAGUCCUUAGGGGCUGAUUUUUUUUUUUCUUUACUUUUAUUUUUAUCAAUGAACCAGAUCUUUUCUAACCCCUUUUUCUGUCACAUAUUAUUAUUGUUACUAUAAUUAACCAUGAGGGGGUUAAAAUAUCUGGUUUUAUCUUGGUUUGAGUCCAUGAUGUUUGAUGUUUUCUUCUCAUCAUCAGAUUGAUACUGAAGCGUCUCUAUAACAUCGACUGUGUCUUUUCUUCUUUUAAUCAAUGCAUGUGAAUAUAAAUGUAAUAUAAAACUCCCAGAAUCCUUAGCUCUAGGGCUGGGAGUGCUACUUAUAUGGAGCACUGUGGAAUGUGCACUGUGAGAUUUGGCCCAUUUAAAAUUAAUGUUAGAAGAGUAUGAGACUUUCGCCAAUGCUUUUAUUUACGAUGUAAUGCAGUAGAACUGUAAAUAAUGUUGAGUCAAUGCACACGUACACACACGCACAGCUUUUCUACAUUUGUAUUUAUGGAUAUUAUGUUAAUAGACUAAUCCAGGUUGUUGUUAAUAGGUUUAUUUUUUUUGGAGUGUUAAAAUGUGGGUGCUGAAACAAAACUGUUUAAUGUUAAACCACAUUAUGGGAACUAGGUUUAUAUUUUUUAUGUUAUAAAACUGCUUUGAGUAUAUAAAAAUGCAGAGGAGAUGAAAAUAAAACUAAAGAUUUGUAC